AUGUUGCUCAAAUAUUUGGGAAAUGUCAUGUUACCUUAUGAGUAUGAAAAUCGAGUGGUGAGUAUAGUGUGGUCACCAAAUAAUUUAAAACUGGCUGUUGCUUCCUCUGACCGUUCAAUAUACCUUUUUGAUGAGAAUUGUGUGAAAAGGGAUAGGUUUUCUACCAAACCUAUUGAUUCAAAGUUUGGUAAAAAAAGCUAUGUAAUCAAGAGCAUUGCCUUUUCUCCAGACUCAAUAAAGAUAGCAGUAGGUCAAUCUGACUGUAUAAUUUACGUUUACAAAAUUGGAGAACAAUGGGGAGAAAAAAAAGUGAUUUGCAAUAAGUUUCGUCAAAGUUCUGCAGUCACUUGUAUAAUUUGGCUUGUAGAGGGGCCAAUUAUAGUUGGUUUGGUAGAUGGGAAAGUACGUGCAGCAUUGGUGAAGUCUCAAAAGGCACAGACUCUCUAUACAGCUGAUUCAACAACAAUUGCAUUGACUUCAAAUAUUCGAGGAACUUGCUUUCUUUCAAGUCAUGCUGAUGGCAGCAUCAUAAAAUAUAAUUUAACUGAUGAUGGAAGUCAUGAACCUUCUGGACGUAUUUGCACUCAUACUGUACCAGCUUACGCAUUAGCUUGGACUCAGUCUCAUAUCCUAGCAGCAGGAUGUGACAAACGUGUAACAUUUUACGAUUCACGUGGAAAAUUGGUGAAAAAUUUUGAUUACAGCCGUGAAAAUGAAAAGGAGAUUGCCGUGGCUUGCUGUAGCCCCAGUGGACAGAGCGUUGCGAUUGGAUCUUGGGAUAAAAUAAGGAUUCUGGACUGGUGUCCUCGACGUUCUAUCUGGGAGGAGGCUAACACAAGAUCUCUGCCCAAUUUUUACACUGUCACUGCAAUAUCUUGGCGUCGUGAUGGCUCUAGACUGCUUGUAGGCAACCUCUGUGGAGCAGUAGAACAAUUUGAAACAGUGUUGAAAAGAACAGUAAUUAGAGGUAGCCAUGAGGUGGCCUAUGUUGGUCCCAGUCAGGUGGUCAUUCGUCCACUACAAGAAGGCAAUCGACCAGUUAUUAUUAGAUCUCAAACAGGUUAUGAAAUAGAGGAUGUCAAGGUCCUGGGAAGAGCUGAUAAUAAUGUAGUAGCUCGUACAGCUAAUACUUUAUUACUUGCCGACAUUGAACUAAACCUUAUCAGUGAAAUUCCUUGGGAAAACAAAAGCAACAAUGAAAAGUUCUUCUUUGAAUACCCAAGAGUAUGCUUGAUCUUCUGUUCUGGAGAAUUGACUAUUGUUGAGUAUGGAAAUAAUGAAGCUUUGGGCUCUGUGAGGACAGAGGCAGUCAAUCCUCAUGUAGUCAGUGUGAGAAUCAACGAAAGACAAGCACCUGGUGCACCAGAUAAUAAGAGACUAGCUUAUCUAUUAGAUCCUAGAACUGUUCGGAUCAUGGAUCUUGUGACAGGACUCGCUGUUGCAAUGCUUACUCAUGAUGUGCGUGUGGAUUGGCUGGAAUUGAGUGAAACAGGCCACAGAUUAUUAUCAAGAGAUAAAAGAGCCAGGUUAUGGUUGAGUGAUGAACUUGGUGGAAGAAUUUUAUUGCUAACUGGAGUCAGUUUUGUGUCUUGGGUGCUAGGUAGUGAUGUAGUAGUGGCUCAAACUGGGCAAACCUUGGCAGUUUGGUACAACGUUGAUGCUCCUGAGGUAGCUACUCUAAUUCCUGUUCGUGGAGAUGCUGUAGACAUCAUCAGAGAAGAUGGUAGAACUUCUGUCACAGUGGAGGAGCUUGGUGGCAAAGUGGCUUACUUGCUAGAUGAACCACUGAUAGAAUUUGGUACAGCACUACAUGACAAUGAUUUUGGUAGAGCUCUGUUGUUCCUGGAAGAGCUGGCAGACAGACCUCAAGCAGAAGCCAUGUGGGAGAAUGUAGCAAGAAAUGCAAUGGCUGCUAGACAGUUACUAGUGGCUGCUAGGUGCUAUGCAGCUCUUGGAGACGUAGCCUGUUCCAGGUUUCUAAAGAACAUAGUAGAGAUUGGAGAAAAGUACACUGCAGAGACUGGAAAUGAUCCACUUUCAAGUCCUGAUUGUUGGGCAAAACUUGCAAUCUUAAAUGGAGAGUUAAAAACUGCAGAAGCAAUAUACUUUGAACAGAAUGAAUUAAGCCAGGCUUUAGAUAUGUAUCAGAAAUAUUGGCACUGGGAGGAUGCAUUGAUCUUGGCACAAAAUAGAGGUUGGCCAGGUCUACAGGAGCUCAGAGACAGACACCUGACUUGGUUACUUGAAAGUGGUCAAACAGCCAGAGCUGCUGCUAUUCUGGAAUCUACUAAUCCUCGACGAGCAGUCAAACUGUACCUGGAUGCUCGUCGACCUGGAAGAGCUGCACGACUUGUCUUGGCUAACGAUGAAUUAUUGGAAGACAAAUCAAUUGUUAAUCAAAUUGUGAGAGUUCUAAAGGCAACAGACUUAAUGGAAUUGGCUGGAGAAUUACUAGAGAAGAUUUCAGAGCCUCUCGAAGCUAUUAAAUGCUACUCCCAGGCUGGUGUGUUUGCAAGAGCAUUAGAACUGGCUAGAAAAGUCGAUCCAACUUCUGUGGUUGAUCUUGAGCGAAACUGGGGCAAGCACUUGGUCUCUGCUGGUCAUUAUGAUGCAGCUAUUAAUCAUUUUAUUGAAGCAGGAGAGACUGCUCUGGCUCUGGAUGCUGCUAUUAGUGCUCGACAAUGGAGAAAAGGCCUGCAGAUCAUACAGGUGAUUGAGGAUGACGAUCCCUCAAUCAGAAAGCAGUGUGAGAAACUGGCUGAGUAUUUCGCCUCAAUAGAUGAAAAGAACCUAGCAGAAAAGCUCUUUCUUCGUGCUGGAGAUCCCAGACGAGCCGUAGAUGUCCAUAUUCAAAAUAGCAAUUGGAGUCGUGCUCAUGAAGUAGCUCAGGAGUAUAUGACUCCAGAGGAAGCGAAUGAAGUUCUGACCAAGCAUGCUACUUUUCUCUGCAAAACAGGAGAUCUCAAACAUGCUGAGGAAUUAUAUCUUGCCAUUCAUGAACACGAUUCGGUCAUAGCAAUGUACCGAAAGGCUGGUCGUCGCGCAGACAUGGUUAGAUUGGUGGGAAAAUACAGGCCAGAGCUUCUGAAGACAACUCAUGCACACUUGGCCAGGGAAUUGGAUGCUUCAGGGAAGCCUAGAGAAGCUGAGGAGCACUAUCUUGCUGCUGAUGACUGGAAGGGAGCUGUGACUGCUUACAGAUCAGCCAAUAUGUGGGAGGAUGCUCUUCGUGUGGCAAAACACAAUGCUGGAGACAAUGCAGCCCAACAGGUUGCUCUUGUGUGGGCACGUACACUGGCUCCAGAAUUAGCAGCAAGGCUACUGAUGCGACUGAAGUACUUGGAUGAUUGCCUUCAACUGGCUUGUGAAGCUGGAUUAUUUGAAUGGGCCUUGGAGAUAGCCAAGUACAGAGGCACUGAUCAAAAGAAAGAGGUACAUUACAGAUACGCCAUGGCACUGGAGGAUGCAGGUCGUUUCUCUGAUGCUGAGAAAGAGUUCAUUAAAGCAGACAGAACGAUGGAAGCCGUCCAGAUGUACAUACACACUCGUGAUUGGGAGGCUGCUGAGGAUGUGGCCCAAUCGAUCAACCAAGAUGCUGUUGCUCAAGUCCUCAUUGCUAGAGCCAGCGAGGCUGCUGAAGCACAGAAUUAUUCCUUGGCAGAAACUUUGCUACUAAGAGCACAUAAACCUGAAAUGAUCAUUGAACACUAUAAAAAAGCUGGGAUGUGGUCUGAGGCGUUGCGUGUCUGCAGAGAGUACUUACCAAGUGAAGAAGCCACUCUCAGGCGCGAACUUGGUCAAAAGAGCGCAUCCCUUGCUGGUGCAAACGCUUUUGAAGAAGCCAAGAAGUGGUUGGAUGUUGGAGAAGUGAGGGCUGCACUAGAUAUCUUAAUUUUGGACCCUCAAGCGCCAAGAUCGUCUCUUAUCAAGGCAGCUGAUAUUCUGCUUCACCAGGCUGACCCAGAAAUUGCUAUUCAAGUUGGUGGAGAUCUUGGUACAAGGUUAUUUGCCAUUGAAGAACAUGCUGUUGCUGCACAGGUAUUCCUACAGGCAGAUAGAUUGAAAGAUGCCAUUGAUGUAUUAGCAUCAGUGGGAGAAUGGGAAAAAGCUAAACGUAUUGUGAAUGAAUUAGCACCAGAUAUAGAGCCUUAUCUUGAAGAAAAGUAUAAAGAAGCAAUGCUAAGAGAUGGACAAAUAGAUAGACUUGUGGAGAUAGAUGCAGAUGCUGGUCUUGAAAUACUAGCCAGUAAAGGCCAAUGGAAUCAAGUAUUUGAAACUGCAAGUAAUCAGAGCACUCAGACUUUGCAUAAGUAUGUAGCACAAAGAGCAGUGCAGCUUCUGAAGGGAAAUUCACCACUGGAAGUUUUGCAGUUGUAUAUUAAAUAUGGUGCACCUCCCAUUACACAGAACUUUAAUCUCUACUUGCAAUUGUCUGAAAGUAUUUUGAACUCAGAGGCAUAUUAUGAAUAUAAAUACUUAGCUCUUCUAAGAACUGUACUCUUGGAUCUUUGGAACAGCUUGAAGUCAACUGAUGCUGGUCUGAAGUCAAAAUUUGAAAGACUGCUGGAAGCUACACACUAUUCAGCAGUAAAGUCUGGAUGUCGUGAUUUUCCUGUGCUCUCUGGACUGGUUCUAAAAGCUUCAAUAACUCUAUUGAGAUACACUGACCUCCUCUUGGCUGAUAGAGCUUAUUAUGAAGCUGGAAAUGAAGCACGUACAGCUGGAUUGAGCAACGAGGCUUUCAUUUUCUUGAAUCAUUUUCUGGAUUUGGAGGAGUGCAUUGAGGAAGGUGAUAGCACUGUGUUGGAUGUCGAUGACUUAACUGUGACAGACUUCCCAGUAGAAGUUCCUUUACCAGAAACACUGAGUUUGUCAGCUGAACAGAGGGAAGAAGCUCGUGAAUGGGUGCUUGCAGUGUCUAUGGAUCAUAAAAUAGAACAAGUGCUUCCUACAGAUCACAGAGGAGUCUAUGUAGGAUCUUUGAGUUCUCCAUCUACUGGUUCUGGAGCACUUCAAGGUUGCAUCGUGACCGGUUACCCUGUUCGAGGUCCAAUAAUUAGAUUUGCAGAGGGUAAGCAUGUGGUAGAUCGUGAUGACUGGACUAAAUUGAUCAAUACAGCACGUCAAGCUCCUCAAGACUCAGUUCUUAAUGAUAUUCUAGCUUUCAUUCAAGAGUGGUGUGGAUCAAUCCCCAGUUAUUCCUUCUGA